UUUUGAAGAUCGUGUAUUAUACGGACAGAGCGGUGGUCGCAGAUUUAGUUAUAAAAAAAGAAAGACUUGCAGCGGAAAUGGAAUAUUUAGUGCUCCUCCCGGUGUCAGUCCCCAUCAUGUUAAAUCAUCCAUUAUCCGUCGCAAUACAAAUGGAUCUCGAUUAAUUUUUGUAUGGCCACAGAAACCACCUAGAAGUAGAUUGUUAAGAAUUUUAGCUCCGCUCAUGCAUGGCAUUCUCAUUGGUUUUUUAUUUAUGGAUGCUAUUCAUCUUUGGCCAGGAGAAUUUUUACCUACAUCGUUGCCUUCUAUAAUACCUGUUCCUUUACCACCUGUAAAAUUUAAUACUUAGGAAAGAGUGAAUACGAAAGAUAUAUUUUCAGCAGUGAACAAAAAUGUCGAAUAAACAUCUAUUUCAAAAAUAUGGAUUUUUGCGUGCACCCUUUGCCAUUGGUGUUGGUCGUUAUGUGUGUCAAUUACAAAGAGUAACUAUAAAAUUUUGUAAAAAUCACGGUGCUAGUCUUGGAGCUAGGAAUUUUAUAGAAUAUGAUUUAAUUAAUUAUGCAAAAGAAAAUCCUGGAGUUGUAGUAUAUGUUAAACCAAGAAGACAUAAACAUCCAAUUUUAAAAGCGGAAUAUUUAAAUGGAGAGACACAUUGGAUGUCUAUUGCUAAUUAUAGUAGAGAGGAUAUUAUACAAUGGAUGGAAUUAUUAAAAACUCAGUAUCAUAAUGGUCCAGAUUACAGAUUACUUAAAUUAUGGCACACAGAUUUUCCUUCUAUUCAAGGACCUUGGACACCUUUUACUUUUAAAGAAUCAUCUUUGAAUCAAAUUCAAUUUCCAAAUAAAAAAUUUGGAGAAUGUAUUAAAUUGGAACCAACAGCUACAGAGGAAUUGAUUAGAUUGUUUAAAGAACAACAAGAAGCUGAAAAACUCAAUGAAGAAAAUAAGAUUCAAGAAAAUGUUAAUUAAAUGAUAAUUUUCAAAUGUUAAAUAAUUAACUAAAAAUUAAAUUA